CCACUCUCCAAACCUUUCAGUCUCCCCGCCCAAAUUGCCCGCGCCCUCCCCCCAUUCCCGCAUUCCCCGACCUUCGUCGAGCUUCUCCAACGCCCCGGCGGUGGAUGUCUGCGCCACCGCGGCUCGCCGUCGACGACUUCUACGAUGACGACGGCUUCGACUGGGAGGCCGCCGUGCAGGAGAUCGACCGAGCCUGCGCCCUCGCGUCGGCCUCCGCCCCCGCCCCCGCCCCGGCGCCGGUGCAUCAUCCGCUGCCGCCGCGCGCCCCCGAGCCAUCGGCGGCGGGCGGCGUCGGCGCGGCGCGGCAGUCGACGCUCGACCGCUUCGUCGACUCAUUCACUAAGAGGCGGCUGGAGAAAGAGAGGCCCGCUCCAGCGCCCGCGCAGGCGCCGCCGUGGGGCGUGGGGGUGGACCCAGGUGGCGGUGGCGGCCGCGUGGAGCGGCCAGGUGUCCGCGCGGGCGAGGGCAGCUCGCGACAGGCGGGCGAGAAGGCUGUGGAGGACCGAUUCGUCGAAUCCUUCACCAGGAGGCAGCGGGAGAAGGAGAGGGCUGCGGCGGAGGUGGCACCGGCACCGGCACCGGCUGGUGGUCGGGGGCGCCCUGCAGCUCGUGCUGGCAAGGGAUGCUCGGGUCGGGGUCGGGGCAAGCGUGCUGGCAAGGGAUGCUCCCGUCGGCCCAAUGUGGAGGUUGAUUAUGGUCCCUGCGCCAUCGCCCUGGACCACGAGGCUGUGAAGACAUGGAUCUAUCCAACUAAUGUAGAAGUCCGAGAGUACCAGAGGUAUAUGGUUGAAAAGGCUCUGUUUACCAAUACGUUAAUAGCUUUGCCAACUGGACUUGGCAAAACUUUUAUUGCUGCGGUAGUGAUGUACAACUACUUUCGAUGGUUUCCUGAAGGGAAAAUAAUAUUUACUUGCCCUUCACGUCCUCUUGUUACCCAGCAAAUUGAGGCAUGUCACAAUACAGUGGGAAUACCACAGGAGUGGAUAAUAGAUAUGAUAGGAGAUCGAUGCCCUUCCACCACUCGAUCAGUUCACUGGAAGUCAAAAAGAGUGUUCUUUGUCACUCCACAAGUUCUUCAUAAUGAUAUACAAUCUGGUAUAUGCAUGGUACAGCAGAUUGUUUGCUUAGUGAUAGAUGAGGCUCAUCGAGCAUCAGGAAAUUAUGCUUACUGCAUGGUUAUUCGAGAGUUGCUAGCAGCUCGUGUGCCUUUAAGGAUUUUAGCUCUAACUGCUACACCAGGAUCCAAGCAUUCGAAAAUCCAAAGUGUUUUAGACAAUUUAAGCAUUUCGGAGCUGAUUUAUUGUGAUGAAGAGGAUUCUAGAGUGAACCAAUAUGUUAACACACGCAAAGUUGAAGUUGUGCAGGUCCCUUCUGGCACUGAUGCUACUCAAGUCGCUGAUAUGCUUCUGGAUAUUGUGCGCCCACAUAUUAAUCGAUUGCGUGAUGCUGGUGUGAUUGACCAUCGGGAUUAUGCAAAUUGGACCCAAUAUGAACUGCUGCACUUUAAGGAUAAAUUCAAGGAAGCACCCCCACCAAACAUUCAUGAAAUUGAGAGAGGGGAAAUUGAAAGGUCUUUUGUAAUUCUUGGCCCACUUUGCCACACAAGGAGGUUGCUUUUGAGCCAUGGAACCCAAUUUGCACAUGUGUAUCUUGACAAGAAGUUGAAGGGAGGGUUUUUGAAUUUGAUGCGCAAGAAUGACCUCUUUUGGCGAUUAAAACAAAAGAUGAAGCUUUCCUCAUCUCAAGGUACGGGUAUGACUCCAAAAGUAGAGGAAUUGAAAAGGCUGAUGCUUGAGCACUUCAUGAAUGGCAUAGGUACUGAUUCCAAUUCGACGAGCUCGAAGAUUAUUAUAUUUUCCCAUUACCGAGAAAGCGUCAAUGAAAUAUAUUGCUCACUACAGAAUAUUGAUGAUAAACUUAUCAAACCUGUUAAAUUCAUUGGUCAAAGCUCAGCAGGUAAUAACCAACUGAAGGGGCAAAGCCAAAAAACUCAGCAAGCUAUUUUGCAGAAAUUUCGAUCUGGGGUAUAUAAUGUUUUGGUGGCAACAUCCAUCGGCGAGGAAGGACUAGAUAUUAUUGAGGUUGACCUCGUGAUCUGUUUCGAUGCCAAUGUCUCACCAUUAAGGAUGAUUCAACGGAUGGGAAGAACCGGGAGAAAGAAUGAAGGGCGAGUUGUGGUUUUGGCUUAUGAAGGUCAAGAGUUGCAGGGGUACAGAAAGAAACAAGGAGAUUGUCGAACCAUGAGGAAGCUAUUGCAUAACAGUGAGAGAUUUGAAUACCAUGCUAGUCCUAGGAUGGUUCCACAUGUCUAUAAACCAGAAGUUAAGUAUGUUAAGUUGACAAUAGACAAGUAUAUUCCUCACUUAAAGAAAAAGAGGGUUGCUGCAAAAGAAGCAUCGCCAAGUCCAUGGAAGAUGUCAGAGGCAGACGGUCAAAUGAUUGCUAGGUACUUUGGUGUGUGCAAAGAAGAAGUUUGGAGGCCGUCCCUUGUUGCAUUUCCUAGAUUUCAGCUUUAUCCAAGUGUCGUUCACAAAGUUCCACAUUCAUUUCGGACAACAGAUAUGCUAACUGAUGCUAUGCAGCAACUUCAAGAUCCAUCUCUUUUCAGGACAAAGUGUGAAAUCCCUUUGCAAGAACCUGCUAAUGUUGCUGCUGUGGAGGAGGGUCUGGAACUUGAAGGUCUCUCUGCUAUUAAUGGAAGUGAGGAAAUGCCUCAGGAAUGUGACGGUUCAGAAACCUCACCAAGAGUAGUGUGGAAUGAAAAUGUUUCUGUCCCAGGUUCUCCAGUUAAGAAGUAUCCUAUUCACACUUUCUUCAGUGGUGAUUAUGUAACUGUGGAUAGAAGAGGCAGCGUUUCGAUUACUUUUGUACCUGUCCUGCCUCAAAAAUUUGCAUUCAGUAAGGACAUAAAGAAUGCAGUUUGGAAUAACAAAGACCAGAACAAAGCCGAACCUUACAUAUCAGCAGCAAGCGUCAGUAGGACAACAGUUGAAUUUGUUCACCCUGUUGCCAAUACAGACAAACAUAUGUUUGUGGAUAAUGUAUCAACUGUAGCCAUGCAUUCCCCUGAGUACUCUGGACACUGUGACAAUGUUGAUGACAAUCAUGUGUUUACAACUGUACCACCUAAAACACUGACAAGCCCAAGGGAGAAAAUGGACACACCCUGCAAUGUUAAACUGCCGGAGUCCACCUAUUCAUAUCAGGAAGAUAUGGAGCUUAGUCCAAGGCUAACAGCAUAUAUGGAAGAAGGAAUUGUUCCUGAGUCUCCAGUGGUUGAAGUUAGCGACCUACAUCUAGAGAUGGACGAAGCUGCAGACUUUGGAGCUGUGCCAAAGCGUGGUUCUCCAAAGUCAUGUGAUGAGAGGGCUCACGCCAAUGUAGCUGGAUGUCACAAAGGACCAUUGAACUUUGAGAAAAAUGGUCAAUUGCUUUCUGGGGCAAACGAGCCUGGUGGAUCAUCAAGGUUGUAUGUGCUAGAUCAGACUCGAGCCAAAACAGAAGAGCCAAUGCAUCCUUCAAAUGUGAAAAUGACUACUCCUACCACCAGACAUAGUCCUUCUGGGAAUCUGCUGUAUGAUAGUUUCUCAGGUGAUUAUCAGCUUAGAUCAGGGGGGGAUGCAUCGGGAUCAGUCCAGCAAGCACCUAAGUACAGAAGACUAUGCAAAUAUGGUGACAAGAUCAAAAGAGUCUCUUCCAUGUCUUUGGAUGGCUGUCAUGAUAGGUUUGGAGAAUGUAAUAUUGCUAAUAAAGAUAGGCCAAACCAAAUAAAACAUGCUAUGGGUGCAAAAAGGAAGACCAAGAGGCGUCUAGAUGCCUAUAUUGACGAGGAAGUCGAGGUGUCUGAAGAUGCAGAUGUUUCAGAGGAUGAGGAUGAUAAUCAGACUGAAGAUAAAUACGAAGAUAGCUUCAUUGAUGAUCAGGCAAUUCCAACUGAAUGCACACAAACUGAACAAGGUGGUGGACACAAUGGUGACAUGAUGGGUUUCUACAGGCAAUCAUUGCUUACUCAGACCCCAGUAGUUCUACCCUCAAGAUACCUUGAUGUCUCUGACAAUUCUGCUUCUCGGACCGGAAAUGCAAGCUGUUCUUCAGAGGCCAGGCAUAAUUCUACCGAGACUCCAAAAGAUAUUCAAACGCAUCAUAGCAUGAACCCAAGCCCAUCCUACAGUGUUGUACAGGAUCGCUGCGAAACAGCGAUCGCCAAUUGCGAAUCAUCAACUAAACUGGAUUGCAGAAAGAGAAGGCUAAGCUUCCAGCAACCUCCGGCAAUCCCUGUUAUAAACCUUGAGCCGGAACCAGCACCAGAACCAUGUUCACACGUUGCCAUCGGAGCCACUGAUGACCUAUAUUUUGAUGAUGAUUUCUUUGAGAACCUUGAUCUUGAUGCAAUUGAAGCUCAAGCAACCGAACAGUUGAGACAGAAGACUACACAGUCGACACAGAAACCAGUGGAAAUUAAGAUUAAGAAUGCAUCAGACAUGAGUUUUGCACCUCCGUCAUUCGAUCUAGGUUUUGAAUGACCUAGGUUUCUGAUACCGUGGGUAAAGUUAGCAUCCAUUCAGGAUGUCAUCUAGCUGCAGUACGUGGUCAUCUCAGAGCACGCUGAGAACUGCUCAAGCAAUGAGCUUUUCUGCAAAAGGUUUGAACCUGCAUUACAUGACAAUGCCACAGGAUCUGGCAUGUCGCUGCUGUGGUAUUUAUUGGCGCGCUGGAGCCGGAAGAUCAGCUGGAGGCAGAUUUUGUAUGUACAUAUUGGCGCCAAGUGUAUGUAUCUCAGUACAGACUCGUACACCAUGUAUAUAAUCUCUAUCCUGUAAAUACUGUUCGAUGUAUAAGGGUCUGCUUGUAUACAAACAUUUCAAAGUUUUGAUGUGUUAUAAACCCAGUGGCAAAGAUGACGUCAAUGCCACUUUAUUAUGCAGGAGCAGGAUUAGCCUCGUUCUCGAUGCUGAA